UAACUAGGAAAACAAUAAACAAAUAUUUCUUAUUUAUUGGUAUUCUUCAAAAAAAAAAAUGUCACUCAAUAUUACAAAUGUGAAACAAACUCCCCUCACAUUGCAGGUCAAGAUUGAGAGAAAACCGACCGAAAAAGGUAACUACUCAGCAAUGGCGGAAGCAGCGGUGAGUUUCUUAAUUGAAAAUUUGAAGUAUGUUAUUGUAAGCUAUGCAGAGAAGCUGACCAAAGGAGAUGAAGUAGUGAGGUGGAUUGAGUACGAAUUUGAGACGCUUAUACCUCAUUUGGAAAGGUUUGAAGCUAUAGCCAUAAGCGAUGAGUUGCCUGGAAAAAUUAGAGAUAUAAUCCGCAGAGCGGAAGACCUGGCUGGGACACACACAAAAUUGAAGAUACGGAUGGGUGCCGCCACCUUCAACAAGGCAAUCUAUCAGGUCAACCUCUUCACAACCUCCAUCAAGCUGCAUGGCGUCAAAGAAGAGAUCUCCGAUUGCAGAAGAAAGUUGUUAGACAAGUUUGAAAAGUUGCGUGAUGACGAAGAAAACUCCGAUUGCAGAAGUGAGUUGUUAGAAAAGUCUGAAAAAUUACAAUUGCGUGAUCCUCCACCUCCAGUGGAAACGCAAACCGUCCCUUCUUACUUGAGGCGUCAUGCAUUCUAUCUUCUUCUAUUUCCUCCAAACCAACAAGUUCCUGCUAGGAGAUUGAUUGUCUUGUGGGUUGCUGAAGGCCUUGUUCAUCCCAACAAACACGAUGACAAAUCCGCUGAGCAAAUCGCCCGAGGUUAUCUCAACGAGCUAAUGAAUGUAGGCCUGGUCGAAGAAAAGCGCAGGGGAAAAUUGACGUGCUCAAUCGAUCCCAAGAGAAGGGAUAAGCUAAUGGAGGAAGCUCAUAAAGACGGGUUUCUCGAGGCCAAGGAGGGUGACGACGUACAUCGCCUGGUAGAUCAUAAUGGCGCCUCCGAUGGCCGUAAAGCCUUUGUUAAAAUACAACGGAAAUCCACUUCUUCUAUGUCAAUAAAGAAUUACCGGUAUGCCAUCUCCUUCUUGUCAUUCAAUACUCAAGAAGGGAGCAAACCGGGAGAGGACAUAGGCGAUUUCCUCCAGAAAUGCAUCUCCGCUGGCUGCUUUCUCUCGCUGCGCGUGCUCGAUCUCGAGUGCGUAUUCCGGCCAAAGCUUCCGGAAACUCUUGGCAGACUCAUAGCCAUGAAGUAUCUUGGGCUGAGGUGGACUUACCUCGAACAACUCCCAAAUUCCGUUGAAAAAUUGUUCAACCUCCAAGUGCUGGAUGUCAAGCACACCUACAUAAGUGUUCUACCAAGAUCCAUAUGGCGUAUGCAGUUUCUGACGCAUUUGUAUCUCAGCGAGGCUUACCGCACCAGGUUCCCUCACCCGCCCUCAAAGGUCACUCUCACCGCCCUUGAGACGCUUUGGGGCGCCUUCGUAGACGAGGAAACCCCUAUCCAAGGAGCGUUAGAUACUCUAUUCAACAUCCGCAAACUGGGACUGUCUUGCAGGUCUACAACAUCCAAACAAUCAGAAGCUGGCGUGAAGAUGUUAGAACAAUUGAAGGCUAUCAACAAAUGGAUCUCGAACCUCGAGUUUCUUGAGUCUCUAAGGCUCAAAUCACGGGAUGAGGAUAACAUAGCUGUGGAUCUGCAUUUAACUUCCUUGAAGGAGAAUCGCAGACUUUCCAUGGUUUAUCUGCUAGGGAAAUUGGAAAGCAUCCUCCUCUGCAGACUCCCUGCUAGUCUCACAAAUGUCACGUUGUCGGGAUCCGACCUACAAUUGGACCCGCUGGAGUUUCUGGGGAGGCUUCCAAAUCUCACAAUUCUUCGUCUCUUAGGUCAUUCCGUGCAGUCGAGUCAGAUGUAUUGCUCCAAGAGAUCUUUCCCUCGGCUUAAACUUCUUUGGAUUUGGAAGCUGGAGAAGCUCAAGGAUUUCCAUGUAGAGGAAGGAUCACUGCCCUGUUUGGAAGAACUGGAGAUCAGAGAGUGUCAAAACUUGGAAGCUCUUCCUAGUCAACUGGGGUCAAGUCAGAUGUAUUGCUCCAACAGAGCUUUCCCUCAGCUUAAAAUUCUUCGGAUUUCGAAGCUGCAGAAACUCAAAAAUUUCGGAUUACUGCCCUGGUUAGAAGAACUGGAGAUCAGAGAGUGCCAAAACUUGGAAGCUCUUCCUAGUCCAAAGAGGUCGAGUCAGAUGUAUUGCUCCGAGAGACCUUUCCCUUACCUCAAAGUUCUUCGGAUUAUGAAGCUGGAGAAACUCAAGGAUCUCCAUGUAGAGGAUGGAUCACUGCCCUGUUUGGAAGAACUGGAGAUCAGAGACUGUCCAAACAUCGAAGCUCUUCCUGGUCCACAGAGGUCGAGUCAGAUGUAUUGCUCCGAGAGUGCUUUCUCUCACCUCAAAGUUCUUCGGAUUAUGGAGCUGGAGAAACUCAGGGAUUUACAUGUAGAUGAUGGAUCACUGCCCUGUUUGGAAGAACUGGAGAUCAGAGACUGUCCAAACAUCGAAGCUCUUUCUGGUCCACUGGGGUCGAGUCAGAUGUACUUUUCCAAGAGAGCUUUGCGUUACCUUAAAGCUCUUCGGAUUUCGAAGCUGGAGAAACUCAAGGAUUUCCAUGUAGAGAAUGGAUCACUGCCCUGUUUGGAAGAACUGGAGAUCAGAGACUGUCCAAACUUGGAAGCUCUUCUCGGUCCACUUGGGUCGAGUCAGAUGUAUUGCUCCGAGGGAGCUUUGCGUUACCUUAAAGUUCUUCGGAUUUCAAAGCUAGAGAAACUAAAGAAUUUCCUAGUAGAGGAAGGAGCACUGCCUUAUUUGAAAGAACUAGAGAUCAGAGACUGUCAAAACAUGGAAGCUCUUCCUCGUCCACUGCUACAUAUCCGGAAACUCAAGAUCAAACUUACGAAUAUGCCACAGAAGAUCGGGAAGGAAGCAAGGAGCCUAAAUCCGAAUGUUAAUAUAAUCGAGCAGAAACUCGCACUUGAAUAAGAUUAUUUUCUCAGGAUUCAUGGGAAGGAGACGAUUGUGGAUUCAAAUACGAUAAAAGGCUACGAUUCUUCAUUGUGGCAUUCAAUCAAACAUGUUCGAAUGAUUUCGCUUGUUUUUUUCUUCUUCCCUUUUUUUCUCUUGUUUAAUUUGUUUGCUAGUUGUGAACUACUAUUGAAUAAUCAUGCUGACACGACCUCAACACAAAGAUGAGGAAGAACCAUGUACGACGUCUGAACAGCCGAGCUCGAGCUCAAGCCCGGUGACCAAGCCCAGGCGGUCGCCGCCUCUUCGCGCCCCAAACAGAAGAUGUCUUGAUACAAAGAUUAUAGGAGUAGUUCCAAGUAAUAAGUAUUUCUGUAUUUAAUCUUUUAUUUUGUAUCUUUUUGAACAAAGUAUGUUAGAUUGAAAUUUAUUUAAA